AUGUUAAUCACAAUAGCAUCAACCAACGUUUUAAGGAUAUUCAAUGGAAUGGAUUUAUAUUAUUUAAAUUUACUAUUUAGUCUUUUUUUAAUGUUAAUUAAUUAUUCAUCAAUAAUCAAUGCAUAUGAUUUUCAAUGUUUAACAUGUGACAAUUUUGUUGAUGGACCUGGUUGUGGAGAAUUUACAAAAGAAAUACCCGUACGAACAUGUAGAACAUUUUGUUAUUUUGCUAUUAUAAAUAAUCGUUCGUUAUUAUUAUCACCAUCAUCAUCAUCGUCUAUAUCUAAACGUGAACUUCUUCCAAUACCAUUAACAAGAGCUAUACGAGAUUGUUCACCAUAUGAUGAUAUGUCAAUUGAAGGAAAUAUUUUACUUGAAUCAAAACUUGGUUCAUUAUCAUCAUCAUUAUCAUCCUCUCAUAUUGAUAUAAUUAUCAUAAAACGAUGCAACAGUGAACAAUGUAAUAAUGAUUUUUAUGUAAAAUCGGACGAAUUUCUUUUCGGAACAAAACAUGUUUUAAGAAAGAAAAGAAAAGAACAUUAA